AUGGCUGGCCAACUCAAGAAAAAAACCCUCAGUGCCGGGAUAGCACACAUCAGCGUGGGGCCCGCGCACACGCCAUUCGACGUGCACCUGGAGCUGCUGUGCGAGUGCUCCCCCUAUUUCGACGCUGUCUACAGGGACAGGGCCCGGUCGGGCGUCAUCGAAGGCCCCCCCGUUAUCUUCCCAGCCGAAAGCCCCGAUGUCUUUGCUGAGAUAGUCAGUUGGAUGUACCGCGGCGCGCUGUCGCCCGAUCUCGAGUCGCGGUGCCAGGUCAUCUUCCUAUUCCAGCUGUGGGUGCUCGCGGGGAAAUUCCAGAUCGGCGCGCUGCAAACCCAGGCGCUGUCCAUGUGCGAGAAAAAAAUCGACAAUAAUAAGAAAUCGGUUCUCAGCGCCGCGACCGUGAGUUAUGUCUAUGCGCGGACGGACCCGGGGGCGUCGCCGCGCCAUCUGGUUGUUGACGCCUGGGCGAAGAGCGCGACCGUUUUGGAAUAUGCGCGUCAGAAGGAUACCUUUCCGCGCGACUUUUUGGAGGAUCUCUGUGGGAAAUUAAUCGCCAAUAUGGAACUUACGCGAGAACCGACGCCGGUUGAGGGCCGCCCGCCUGUGCCCUUGCAAUCACCGCAACGCGUCAAGUCUAUGCACAGGUCGAAAGACAGUUCGCCUACGUCUGAGGGAGAUCAGUCUUGGAAGACCGCAGAGUCCCAGCAAAAACCUAAAGAGGGUCCUGGGGAGAAAUCGGGGAAGCCGGUCGAGACCCAGCAACAGCCGAAACUAGGACAGCUUUGGCCUCCGAGGGCGUCGUCUACGCAGCCGAUCGAGCUGUCGGAAAGAGUCAAACAAGGACCGCCAAGGUCUGCGUCUUCAGGAGCAAGAAGGGGUCUGAAGAUCGCGAAUCUCAUGUCACCGGAGCAGAUGCAGGAGAGGAAACACAAGGAUCCAACUCGAUUUGGCGCAUCUUCAUCUGCGUCUGCGCCUGGUCGCUAUACGCAGGAAGGCUCUGGGGAGGGCAAGGACGGUGCAGCGGAGAACAGCGAGAGCUCUUAG